AUGUUUUGUGUAGCCACACGAACAUGGAAUGGUCUAACCAGAAUCGCUCGACAGAUAUCAGUUGAAGGUGAACAUUUUGUGACGGCUUCCAGGAUUGGGUUGCAAGGCGCUGUAAAUUUGGUUUGUUUGUAUCACAGAAUACAUCUCAGCGAAGAUGACUUGGAAGAAAAGUUCAUCAAGGGUUGGGGACCAGGAGGUCAGAAAGUCAACAAAAGUAGUAACUGUGUUCAACUUCUCCACAAGCCCACUGGUAUCACGAUAAAGGUAAGACUAAUUUUUUACUGGUGGUUGUGACAAGUUAUCCUAUGAGCCUUAGUGGGGAAUAUUGGACGACACUUGCUCAUCUGAUUUACUCAUUCAUUAAAGCAGAAUAGGACAUUUCCCCCCUCUUUCCCUUGCUAAUUUUGAAUCAUGCCCCAAAGUAUUGUGUAAAAAAAAACCUGUGUUUGCUGGUAUUGAUCCAGUUUUUGAAGUUUGCAUUCAUACACAUGGAAUUUGGACCUCUAUCUGUAGUGUUAGCUCUUUCCUCAUUUAUACAAUAGACUUGUUGUUGGAUGGGCAAAAACUACAAAUUGCACUAUAAAACAAGUUUUACUUUAAUACUGGGAAAAUAUGGCAUGACAGCCCUUAUUAUUGGUGACAAUUAUCAUCCAAAUAAAAGUGAUGCUUCUAAAAUUGUUAUUCACAAUCUAUAGAUGCUGAUGAUAACAGUUGGACAGCAAAAUUCAAGUGUAGCUCAAAAAGAAUGAAAUGCAAAUUCAUGUAAAUGAUAAAUGAACAAAAAUUGUUUAUUUAAAUUUAACACCCUUUAAGACUAUGCUCUCUGAAAUAAGUACCACGAUAUUAUCACCCUGAAUUAAAAACAUACUGCAAGGUGUUGUCGAAGGAGAUACCCUUUUGCUAAAAACAAGGUUAUAUUCUGAAGUAUCAACAUUGAAAAUAUCAGCAAUUAAAAAAAUAAAAUAUACAAAUGAAAUGAUAGUUAAUAGCAGUAUCAGUACAUAUAUCAUCUGAUCUGAUCAUUAUCUGCAGGCUAAACCAACAUUGCAACUAAAGAAAAAACUGAACACUGUUGUAAGAUUAAAAUGAUGAAAUGGCUUCAUGAUCAUUUUCAAAGGAAGUGAAACAUGGUUGGAGGCUUAAACCAAACUAUAAAAUACAUAUUUGUGCAGUUAAACACCAAGUUGGUCUCAAGUAAUAUCUGUUAUCCCUUUCCUCCCAAACAUCAAUAUGCAUAUUCUUCAUACAACUCCCUAGACAUUUCGUAGCAUUCUGACAAGGAGAAUUUGUUCAACAAUCAAGAGCUUCUUUAGUUGGUGAUCAUCUCCUUUAUUCUUAUGACCUUAAUGUUUGAUUCAGGAGUGAUAUUGUAAGGAAAAAUUAGAUGUUAGUCACUCUUAGGGGUUAAAGGGUUAUUAUCCAACUGCACAAAGUAUUGAGUACAAAUAAUGCAUGAAUAGAGUACAAGUAUCCUGCAAUACUGUAGGAUUAUUUGGUUAUUUGGUUAUGUUGUACUUAAAAAAACUUGUCUAUUUAGUUAACUGUGCAUGCUAUGCUUCUCUAUCCACUUUGCUUUUCCCACCUUAUGAGAAAUGAACAGAAAGACUUCGCAGAAGCAGUUGGAUAAUAAAUAACUUAUCAGACAUUCUGGUGUAUAGUAUUGCUGAGUAUUUUUACAAGUUGCACCACAUUUUGAUGAGUCAAAAUAGGCCACAACUCAUUAAAAUACUCAGCAGUACUGCUCACCAAAACUUGUAAUAAGAUAUAUUUAUGUGUGGCUUUUAACAGUACUAACAAGGAGAAUGACUACUACUGGGUUGUUAGCUGAUUUAAAAAAUGAGAAAAAUAGCUGUACUUGUGAUAAGAGUGCCAUUUGUAAAAGUUUUCCAACGUGCAGAGUCUGAUUUGUUUCUCAUGGUCUUGCAAGGGUCUUAGUUUCCAUAGAUGUAACUGCAAUGGAGUUGGAUUCUCGUGGAAUCAUUUAUGUUUUCAUUGGUGAUUGCAUAGCAUGGUGUAACAAACAUUUUAUGUAGAUUCAGGACUAUGUCAUUUUUUUUGUUAAUCUACUAAUCUUUGGAAAAAAAAAGAAACCUUAAAUUAGCACUGAAAGGUGAUGAUGAUUGUUCAUUUUUAUUUCAGUGCCACGAGAGUCGCUUACUUGCAAGAAACAGAGUGAUUGCUAGAGAAAUUCUGAGAGAAAAACUUGACUUGCUUUAUAAUGAGAAGGACAGUGUUGUUGCAAAAAAUAUUGCAAAGAUAAGGAAAAGGAAAGCACAAUAUGCAAGGAAGAGAAGACAACAAGGAGAAGCCUAUGCCAAAGGUUCACAAAACAUAGAUCCUGGACCAUCAGAUUUGGACAAAGGAUGAAAAGUAGUAUAUUCAUCCAGAAACCAAGGGCAAGGGCUUCACUGAGAAUUUACAGAAUAAAACUACCAAUAAUAACCCUUUUUAAUCUUGGUGGAAAAGCUUAAGUUUCACUUUAAGGAAUUGACUCUCUUCUACUGUACUUGUAUAGCAGGUCCUGCUAUAGUGUAAGAAAAAAUUGACAUCAGAACAACUUCAUACUAAGGUGAACCUUGUAGGCCUGUAGGAAGGAAGUUGCCAAAGGUGCACAUGCACCCCCUUAAGGGCUGCAAGAGUCUGUCUACAAGAUACUAGUGAUUCAAAAGAAAGUGAGCUAUUUUAAAAAAGCUGAAUGCAAAGUAACUAUAGUAUUCACAUUCUGACUUGCUUACUGUGUAUUUUGAAAUGAAAACUAAUUAAAUGAACCAUUUUAAUUUUAAUUUUAAGACACAUGAAAUUCAGUCCUAGACAGCCCAAAAUUUUCAAGAUUAUGCAGUGUUUGCCUGAGACAAGUUCUAGUAAAUUGCAAAACGAUUGCAACCUGACUUCUCAGUCUGUUACAGGAUCAAGUGACCUGUCAGGGUACCCUUUUUGUUGUGCUGGUUCUUUAAAAGCACAUAUUUGAAAAGUUAGUCAAAAAUAUUGUUGGAGAUAAGGAGGGUGGGUUUUCCAUGUUGUAGUUUGUGGUUCAGUAUAACCAAUCAACAGAUCUGUCUUUAUUGCAUAACAUACAAUAUAAAAUGCAGUCAACUUAGCAUUAUUUUGCAGUACUGCAAUUUUCCAAAAACAAGGAAAAUCUGGAAAACAUGGAAAGCCUGUCGGCCUCUGUUAAAGGAACAUGUUCAUACCUGGGACACAAGCCUAGUUCUUGCAAUUGAAAAAUUCUCUGUAUCUGUUAUCACAAUAAAAGACACUCUUCUAUAGGCAAAUGGUAUGUUUUAUUUUGACAAUUCUGGUUGGCAUGGCAAAGAGUG